AUGACAGUCUAAUUUUAACACAAAAAUAGUUUUAAAAACGAUUUCAAUUUUUCUCAAUGCUCUCGAAUUUUCCUCUUUCCAGUAAAAACCAGUGUGAUAAGGACCGUCGGCUCCGUCGAUCCGUCAAAUCGCGUCGAUGCAAACGCGUCGUGUCCAGUCAGAGGCUAUCGCGCGUGAGCCGUUCGAUUAUCAGCCCCGCGAAGGUCAGGGUUUGUAGGCGGGCGGCCACCAUGCUGCCCGGUCCACUCGCGCCCCUCGACGCACGCAAGACGCGCGCCCUCACCACCAUAUACGCACCCCGGAAGCCGAAACCACGGAAUCAUAAGACCGCACAGUCCAGGAUGCUAGAAAACGACAUCAAAACUACCUUCAAAACAUCCCUUUCCACUUUCCACCCAUUACCAGCCAUCGGCCAGAAGCAAGAAAAAACUAAAGUCAUAAUCUUCGACUUGAAGAAUGAAGAUCGCACACUAAAACUUCAGGAAGUUCUUAAACCUCUCACGCCGUUAAGCAUUCAAGGCUUCCGGAAGAAAAUAGAAUGUGAUAAGAAGCCUCAACAACUUUUAAGAGAGAACACUUACGACGUCAUCGAACCAAUUUUUUUGACUCCGAAAAAAGUUAAGAAGAACCUCACACCAUGUAACUCCCAAGAUAAGGAUGUAAAAAUGUCGCCGAAAAGUCGAUUCAAAAAUGCGGCACUCCAAGUCGCUAAACUAACGUCUAUGCCUGAAACAGGCAAGUUGCUUUGUCUACGGGAAAGAGAGACUUACACGAUAUGUAGAGAAGAUGAUUCGUGUAGGUUGCAAAAGUUACCGCAAAGUCCUGCGCAACCUUUGAACAAACUUUCGGAGAUUUUUCAAAGCCUAGACAUGAAAGGAAGGCAUAGGGAUAGAAUGAAAAAAGAAAACAGUUGGUUUUGAUUACAUUUUAAGGUGUUAAGAACCGUGCAGUUUUAUAAACUGUUUCUUAAAAAGAAAGUUGUGAAAAAGUUAAGUGAUAAAGUGUCGAGGUAACGUCAAUUUAUUUUUGCUAAUAUUUCAUUUCGUGUUACUGUGUGUGAGAUAUUUAAUUAAAAAUGCCUAUUGCUCAAAGUUUCCGUGCUGGGUAGGUUGAAGUACCAGUUGUGUUUUUCAUAUUUUAAUAAAAGUGUGUUAUGUUUUGUA